AUGUAGUUAUGUAUGUAUGUGGGUAUGAUGAGGAUACCGUAUAUACACAUCUAGAAAUUUCUGAAUAAAUAAAGUUAUUCUAUUCAUUUAUCCAUAUUAUACUUGUAAUCAGUAUUUAACUUAUUACUAAUACCAUUCAUAUAAGUAAUAUUCUCAUAUUAUCAUGAUUAAUGGGUGUGGUCAAAUUCAAUUUUUCAUAUCCAUAAUAUCAGACGUGUGUUGAAGGUAUUUUCUACCACAAAUUUAAAAAAAAAAUAAUAACACCAUAGUUUAAUAAAGAGUGACAAAUUUUUUUAAGAGAAAACAAAACGAAGAAAAACAAAACCCAGUAACAAUUGAUUAUUAUUGUUAUUAUAUUCACAAGUACAGUUACUAUGAAUAAAAUUUAAAAAAAAUUGGAAUUAUUUAGUUUUGUGCUAAAUUAUCACUAAUUUAAAUUCACAAUUUUGUUUUUUUUAAUAUUGAUUUCUUUGAAGAAAAAAAAAAGAGAAGGAAAAAAUAAUAAUAAACAACUGGGAACUGUUGAAGAGAAUAAAAAAAACCGCUUCAAGAUUGUUCCAUUCAUAAUGAGAACCAUUUAUACAAUUAGAAUGUAAUAUGUAAAAAAAAAGAAAAGAAACAAAAAUCAAUAAAAAAAUUAUUGUUAAUUUAAACAAUUUUAAUUGUUUUAUUUAUUUAGUUUCUAGUACAGAAACAGAUUAAAUUCAUGUUGAAUAUAUACAGAUACAUUUAUAUAAAUAUUAUCAAGAAGAUAACCUGAUAUACUGAAUUUAUUACAAUUAUAUCAUUUGUGUUUAAAAUAUACCCUGAAUUCAUAUUUUAAUCAAUAUACUUUAAUAUAUAUAUCUUGUCUUUCAAUGGUAAAUCUUGUUAUAUUUAUUAUUCACAAUCAAUGAUUUUGUUGGUUCAAAGAGAAUGGAUCUAAUAUAUUUAGUAUGUCAAUUUAUAAUGUUUUCUGCAAAUUUUUUACACCCUUUGGAAUCUCAAUACACAGAUAAAUGGACUGAAAAAAGUCUUAUUAAAGAUUUAUUAAGAGAUUAUGAAAAACGUGCAAGACCUGUAGUCGAUGGAAUGUCACCUGAAAUAACUGUUGGCAAUACUACAGUACAACAAAUCACUGUAGCAUUUGGUCUGGGUUUGAUUCAAAUUCUUCAACUUAAUGAAAAUGAACAGAUUCUCACUGUCAGUGUCAGAUCUCUUUAUCGAUGGACUGAUUAUCAUUUAGUAUGGAAUCCAGAAGAAUACGAGAAUAUUACUCAUAUUAACAUUCCAACUGAUAAAAUAUGGCUUCCAGAUAUCGCAUUAUAUAAUUACGCCGAUGAACGCUUAGAAGAACGACGAGAAUGUGCUGUAAGAGUUGAUCACAAUGGUGUAGUAGAGUGGCAUCCAAUGGCAAUUUAUAAAAGCACAUGUCCUGUGAAGAUUAAAUAUUUUCCAUAUGAUAAACAAGUCUGUUAUCUUCGCUUUGGACCAUGGACUUUUGACAGCGCUCGAGUUAAUAUAACAUUUUAUGAUGAAGGUUUCAGUAUGAAAGAUUAUGUUGAAAGUCCUGAAUGGUCAGUUUUAAAUUAUUGGCAAAAACAUAGAACACACGCUUAUCCAUGCUGUCCAGAACAAUAUUCUGAUACAUUAUUUUUCAUCAAAAUUGAACGACAAGCAGCUUAUUACAACUAUAUAUUGAUUUUACCUUGUUUCUUACUGUCUUCAUUAACCCUAGUUUUAUUUUGGCUUCCACCUGAGACACCGGCAAAAAUGGUUCUUGGUAUGAACAUUUUUCUUGCAUUCUUCCUUCUAUUGCUCCUGUUGGAGAAUUCCAUUCCAUCGGCUUCAAGUUCAUUUCCAUUAAUAGGGAAUUAUUAUUGUAUCAACAUGACAUUGGUUACAUUAUCCACAUUUUUGUGCCUUAUUGUGGUCAAUCUACAUUUUCGUGGUGAUCGACGAACUGAAGUUCCAUUUUGGUUAAGAAAGUUGGCAUUACAUCAUGGGUCCAGAAUUCUAUUGGUAAAUGUUGGUCCACCUGGUGGUCCACCACCUCCGACCUCAACUUCUUCCAAUAAACCAACAGAAAAACCUAUAACAAAUAUGAAUUCUGUUCAUAAUUUCAUGACAUCACCAGAUAAUUUUUUGCGUGGUAAUUUAUUUGAUCCUAAAAUGUUUUCAGCAACAAGAAGUGAUUUUAAUGAAAAAUUCAGUGAUAAUGCAAAAGUAAAUCGUUUCGGAAAACCACAUGGAAAUAAAUUCUAUUCAACAGAAUUUUGUUAUACUAAUUCUCGUCAGGCGCAUAUGAGGUCACGAUUUCCAACGGGAUCACCAAAUCAUAAAUUUCCUGGUUGCUACUACCCAGAUAACGAGGCUGAAAUGAAACACUUUCCUCAAUUUAGUAGGAGGCAAACACAAGAAACUGAACAGACCACACCUUGUUCAUUUUGUCCAGCUUGUGCUGGACUUGCGGCAGCUGCUGCAGCAUCUGGUCGUGGAUCAAACGAUAUUGACCCAGGUUAUCAUGCUGAACAACAGUAUUCAUUACAAACAACACCUAAAAAUCAUUUCACUCAAGAUCCAACUGAUGAAUUAGCAGCUGUAUGGACAACUGCUAUUAAUGACUCCAAUAUUUUUAACAAACGUUUAUCAUCUCGUGGUUUAAUCGAAAAUAAUAAACAAAGUGAAGAUGAGGAAGAGACGACAGACGAUGAAGACGAUGAACCACACUCGACGCGUAACAAAAGCAUAGGGCCUGAUCUAGAACAUUUUCUUUUACAAUGUAUUAAACCUGGCGCAUCUAAAAAAGCUAUAUCAGCUGCUAAUGCUAAAUGGAACAGUUCAUUACAGAAUGCUCAACUAACAUCUCCACUAUAUCCAUUCACUUCACCUAUAUGUCAAGAUGAUUCUGAGGAUGAUGAACGUAACAAAAUGAAUUUACCAAGGUGGAGUUCAGCUGGACAUAGUAUCGGUAGCCGUAGUCACCGUGGUAUAAACCAUAAUUCUGACAAGGAAAUUAAUCAUGACCCAGAUAAUAAUAAUUUAUGGCGUGCUAAUUCAAGUAGCUUUAUUGGUCAUAAAUUUAAAAAAUCAACCAAUAACUCUGAUCAACGUCUUUUAAAACGUGUGCACAUGGUUACUCGUGAUGUUUCUGAAAUAGUCAAAGGUAUACGCUUUAUGCAAAAACAAAAUGAGAAAAAGGAAAAAAAUAAUAAAAUAAUUUCUGAAUGGAGAGCAGUCGGUAUGGUUUUAGACCGUCUAUUCUUUAUUAUCUACCUCUGUGCUUUAGGAAUUUCUAUAUUACUUUAUUUUCCAAGAUCUGGAGAAGAUUCAGAGGAAACUACGUAA